GGUAGUCGUACAGUCGCAUUCACAGUCGGGUGCCGUGUGAGGAACAGGACCGGUUCGGGAAAAGUUUCAGGAUCGUGCGUUCUUUACAGUAUCUUUUGAUCGGUUGUGUUUUUUUUUUAAUGGUCGUCUGUGUUCGUGUACAAAAAUGAAGUGGGCAGCGGCAGUCUUCGUUGUCAGUUUGUUUUCUUUAGGUUCCGCCCAAUCCGGAGAUGGCGUCCCGUCGUUGGAAGUCAUGGCGAGAUCUUCAGUUUAUAAUGUCGGAGAAAAUAAAGUUAUCUACUGCAAAGGUCUAAAUCUACCAGAGAGAAUCGAAUGGUACGCGCCUAACCGUGAUAUUGUAGGCGAGCGUUCUACGGUGAAUUCAAGAAUAUUCUCGGAAAGGCUCAAGAAUGACACCCUAGCCAGUAGUCUGGUGCUGCUAUUCAUCAGAAGCUUCAAGAUAGAAGACAGUGGUAACUGGACCUGCAAAGCCGGUGAACUUUUUGAAACAAUUGAAAUUAUUGUUGGAGAGAAGGUCAGUUUGAGUUCAGCUCAAGAAACGUUCGAAGGUGAAGAAACGAAAUCUGCGCGGUUUGAUUGCGCCGCUAAAGGAUAUCCUCCACCGGUUUUCCAAUGGUAUAAGGAUAAUGCGCCUAUUGUUGCGGAUAACAAAAAAUUCUUCCUAAGGAAAAAGGAAGACAACUACCAAUUGGAAAUAAGGAAUCUGUCACACCAGGACACGGGCGAAUACACGUGCAAAGUGACACAAAAGGCGCUGUCACACUAUGCCCAUAAAAGAGUAAAUCUCAACGUUCAACAUAAACCUCUUCUCUACGAUGAAUUUGAUAAUACUCGCACUAUUUCAUAUUCAAGAUACAGGACUGAGGAAGUUUAUGCAAUUAUAAAUGCACCAAAAAACAUCACUUGCCGUGCUGUAGGCUACCCAGAGCCGAAAUUUGAGUGGUUUCGACGAACCAACGGCCAUGACGAUCCCAUCACAGAUGAAGAAAUGAUCGCACAUGCUCAAGACGGCAGCAGCUCCACUCUGAUGCUGAGGAUGUACGACGAGGAAGCUUUGGGAGAGUACAAAUGUCUCGCGAGCAACGAAAAAGGAAAAGUGUACGUUAUUUAUCACGUACAAAAGGGGAAUAAACCUGAUAUGCCAGACCAUCUCAGUGUGGUUUCUGUCACGAAAUACUCCAUCACAUUCAACGUCUCUUGCUCCACGUGCAACAUGGAGCUUGAAGAGGAUAAAUCUGAGGACCCCCAAAACUUAACUAUUUUAGGAUAUACCUUCCAGUUGGUCCCAUUCCAGAAAGGUUUCCUGGCGGAUUGGAAUGCAUCGGAGGAGUUUAAUGUGGAUAUUGAAAAUUAUACUUUACCGCAAACCCUCUUCGUAAUAGAACCCCUACGGAACGGGACCGCUUACCACGUGAGGGUGUGUACACGGAAUUCAGCGGGGUGCUCAGAUUUCGUGGAACUCGACUCUACCCCAAAGACCGCCCUUGCUGGGAAGCUCUUCAUUUCGUUCAUGCUUAUGCUAGCCACUACGUUGUUGUUAAUGUUGAUCUAACUUACUUUUGUUGUUAAGGGGUAUUUUAAUAUAAUUUGCAGAUACGUUUUUUGUAAAUAUUCUUGCGUUUUCAUGUAAUUUAGAUUAUUACGGUGUUAUUAGAAUCCAUUGCUUUCGAGGUAUGAUUGACUCUUCAGCUUUCGAAAUAUUUUCAUACUUCUGUGUAUUUAUAAGAAUUAAUUAUUAGCUUAUUAGUUUCUUUUCUACCGACUUAAAAAGGAGGAAGUUCUCAAUUCAAUACGUAUGUCUUUUUAUUUUUUUUCAUGUUUGUUACCUCAUAACUUCGUCAUUUAUUAACCAAUUUUGAGAUUUCGUUUGAAAGAAUAUACUUCCAGAUUGGUCCUUUUUCAUUUUCAUGAAAAUGGGAUCAGUAAUUUUGUGUUAAAAUCAAAAUAACUGAAAUAUGUCUUUGAAAUUGGUUCCAUUUUUAUGUUAAAAAGAUUAUUUUAUUUGUAUAACUAAGAAUCGAUCUUCUUUUACUAUUUAUUUGAAACCCCCUUUUCCUUUUAUAAGUCUUACCUCGAAUGCAAUGCUAUAAGAUUAUUUAUUAAGUUUAAUUGCUAAAUAUUUUUAUGCAUUCAUUUAAAAAAUAAGGAAUUCAAGCUUAACAUAGAUAGGAAAUAUUUUAAUUAAGAGAGUAUGUCUGUUGUUUCAAUUUAUAAAAGUGUUCACUACGCCGGUAGCCUUGAAUGUUAAUUCAGGCAAUCGUAUACAUUUAGCAUUAUUAUAUAUAAAGACUUGCUACAUAUUGUAUGAAAACGGCUACAACAUAUUAUGUAGAUGACGAAAUUUGCUACGAAUAUUAUUCAUGUUUCAGAUACACUUAUUUCUAAGAACAAACAAAUACACAAUUAUUAUGUGAAUGAUAUGAAAUAUAACCUAAACAGCCAUAUACCUAUAAUGCCUUUGUUAAAUUAUAAUAUACAUAUUACGAUCUCGUUUAAGUGAUUAACAGUUAUUUAAUCACAAGAAAAGUCAUCUAGUUAUUUAAUAAGGUACUUGAAGAUUCAUCUAAUUUCGGAAAUUCGUUUGGCUUUUAAUGUACUGGUAAGUUAUGACAGCAGCGCGUCUUUAUGUAAAUAAAAAAUUGAGGCAAGGUUCUUAUAGCACGAGAUCCAGCAUAAGAAAUACAUACCCUCAUCUGUUACUUAUUUGGGACAAGAAAUAAAUAAUGAAAAAUAUUCACAUUGACAUAUUGCAAUUAAGUUGCUUAGUAAAAUUAAAUGAUUAUGUUUUUAAUUAAGUUUAUUUAAUCUACUUCCCUCGUUAAUUUAAAACAUCGUACACUUGUUAAAAUAAUAUACCCAACAGAGUUGAAAACGUAGAGGUUGUCUGCUUUCACCACUGCAAAUGUGGGGUUGCCAAUAAGUAUAAACAGGUAAGUAAACGUUAUAUAAGUAUCCUCAUCAGUUAUUUAGUCGUCAUAUAUAUCAAUAAAAUAAAAAAUUAAAUCUUAUUUUAUGCUUAAUGUAACUGUAUUAUUGCCUUUGAUCUAGUUCAUGGUUUCAUAGAUUUUGUAUGUAAUGUAUCAAGCCGCAAUUUUUAACUAGGCAACCUAUUUGCAAUGUAGUCACUAAUGGUCAUUAUCUAUCUAUUAUUUAUUUCUUAUUACUAAUGAAUAACAGAUGAGAGUAUAUAUUUCUAAUGCCGGAUCUUAAAUCUAUAUUAAUUAAGAAUCUUCCCAAUUCUUGUUUGUAUGUAGUCAACUUAUUUUUGUGAUUUGUAAAGUUUUUAUUUGUUUUCAUUAUUAACACUAAGCUAAAUGUGGCUUCAACUGAAUUUCAUUCGCUCAUAAUCACAAAUGCGUUUUAAUAAUUCUUAUGGAAAUUAAAUGUUAACAUUCCAUUUUGUAUUAAAUAUUGCUUACCUUAAUCAAAUAUCUAUUCUGUACAUACCACUGUGCGGCUUUAUGUACCAAGAAGAGCCUCAUCAAAAACUAGGUAUUCUAUUCAUCUUUAUUUUUUUAUUUCUGAACAUGGUAUUGUCAAUACUCAUUAACAGACAUGACUUUUUAAAAAUCCUUGUAUAAAAGCUUCGAAAUUUUGUUUCGACAUAUCCGUUGUAUCUAUACAUCUAUGUAAAUAUUUGCGGUUUGCUGUCCGGAUAACUGCGAUUCUGUAUAGUUAAAGUCCGGAUAGUCGAAUUUAUAUUGUUUAGCUUUUGACCUUUUUACCUGUUACUUCAACACAAUCCAUUUCAGUUAUUUUGAAUGACUUUUAGAUGAAAUAAGAAGAGGUUCUAUGUUCACAUGUGUGUAUGUUUUUCAAUAGCUUUUAACCUCUGCAGUCUACACUCAUGCAGGUCCGUUGUGUAAAAAUGUUGAGCCCUAGAUGGAUAACUACUUCCAUAGUAUAAGUAACUGACAUGUUCUUGAGUUUAAAAAAUCUUGAGUUUAUAUAUAAGCAUAUUUUACGAGGAAUUAAAUUUUAGUAAGUCUUACAGAGAUUUGAUUGGCAGUUAGUUUAUAAUGUUGUGUAGCAUGUUUGAUAUUCGGACAUUUGACAAUAAACAACGUUAUGAAAGCGAGUGUAACUCUUAUUACUUAUUAUUUUGUUUUUUUUUUUUGGAAAGGCAAAAAACUAACAUAACCUAGUAUCUUUUGUACAUUUAAAUUAGGCUUAGAAUUUAUUACCCGAAAAAGAAAGAAAAUUGAGAUAUCUUACUUUAUUAUGUUGCAAAACUUAAUACAUAUACUAUACUUACUUUAAAUAUGUAUAUUCUGUAUAGUUUAACAUCACACGUCACGCCAACUAAACACAAUAGUUUCUGAGCUCCCAUGAUCCAGCCGUAUGUAGGUACGGUAGCCAAUAAAGGAGUUUGAACCGUGGUAGCUUUGGAAGGGUUCAUAGAUGUCCAGUUCCUCGAUUAAAAUCUCCACAAGUAAAAAACGCAAUUUUUCAACAUUUUGAGGAAUUAUAUUUUUGUUGUAAUAUUACAAUAUUUUUAUUUUACAAUAUUACUUUGCUCUUCAUUUGUGGCGUGGUGUUGGACGUCGUUAAAAUGUUUUCAACACUUCGUAAAAAUGUUGUAAUUUGUUGUAUUUUUGUUGAACUUACUUAAAUAUUAACAAUGUAAAUAUGAACAAACGAACUGUUGGCUUGAACUUUUAUUUAUUCAAUAUCAGAGUAUAGACAAAAUAUCUGGUAUUAAUAUUUAAUUCACGAGAAAUAAAUUAACUUACUCCAUCAAUACCUAUAAUGUGUUUAUUGUAAGGUUGAAAUUAUUAUGUUCGACAUUAUAAUAUUUUUUUGAACCGGAUAUGCAAUUUACUUUAAUAAUACCUAAUAUCUAGCCAAAACAAUAACCAAACGAUGUUUUUUUUAUUUUCAUCUAGGCUUAACCACAUUUUAUCCAAUAGUCUAAGAUACGAAUUAGGAACUACCUGCACCCAUCUGAUUUUGUUGAUAAAAAGUGUUUAUAAUAUCAAAUUCAAAACAUAAUGCGAGUAGGUUGAAAAAGUCCUGGUAAAACUAUUUAUUAUAAUAGUUAAUAAUGGCUAUUAAUAAUUUGGGCUAGGGUUUUUUUGGCAUCCUACUCCAAAUAUGUUUUUACCAAGCUAAACGUAAUAAAAACACUUUUAAUUCAUUUAGCAGAUGGGAACUAGCCGUUUUUAAGUCGGAUCUUGUACUAUCAUCAUGUCAUUGUUUGUUAUAUCGUUAGAUAUAUUGCACGUAUAAAUUAUAUGUAUACCUAAUAUAAAUUGAUGUUUAUGUAAUGGUUUAUAAGACGCUAAUUUAUAAUGUUGAGAUUUGAAAACUUUAAUUAAAAUUAAACAAUGACAAUAUUUGUAUAUUCUGACGUUAACCAAAGACAUUUUUGCUUUUGUAUAUUUAUAAUAAUAAUACAUAAUAAUUAGAGUUAUUUUAGCGCUCCCAAAUUAAUACAUUAUUCAGAGUGUCCGUCAAUUUUAUAAAUGCUAAAUUAGUAGGCGUCUUUCAAUUGUAUAGUUAUUGAUGUGUACAGGAAGACUGAACUUUGUCUAUUUUUUGUUUUAUUUCUUAUAAACAUUAGGUAUCCAACCUUAAAUAUAUAAACGUAGGUAAUACAUACAAUAUCAUAUGUUUAGGCAGCAUUCAUAUUGAAGAUAAAGGAUUUCACUAAAUUAUUUCUAUUAAUAAAAAGAAAAUAAAUGUUCAUCUUUAUAAUUGAUCUUAAUAAAACUGAUCCCAUCUUUAACUUCGUUUGCAAAUAGUAUCGGUAAAUAAUAUAGUGUCAUCCUGUAUCUUCCUAAGUGACUGCCUUAGCUUAAAAAGCGAGAUUUUUUAGCGCCAUCCCAUAGGGAUGUUACUAUAUACCUGUCACAUAGUGAAAGUGCUCUUCUACCAUUGAUCUCCUAUCAAAAAGUAAGAGGUCAAUGUCUUCGUCAUAUUGUUUUGUAUAAAAUUCUUGUUACCGAUAAGCAUUCCUUGUAUUUAGGUUUAUUUGCUGUUGGUUCCACCAACCCAUUGGUUCAUUAAAUACAUUUCAAUACUGUUCUGCAUACAGUAAAGGUGGUUUACAAAAUA